CACAGUUUCGAUGUGUGCGCGGUGCUUGCGAUCGAUUUUUCCUCUCUCACAGCCUGCAGUUUCUUUUCAGAAUACGACCCCGUGUCGAUCGGACGGACACGCAAAAUACCUAGAAGGCGUAGCUGCUACUGCUGCUGAUACAGUGGAGACGAAGAAAUUUUCAAUAGUUCAAACAUCCUAAAAUUCCCGUAAUAUUGCGUCGCGUUCCAAGUGCGUAUUUGCUGUCCAGUGUGUUGUGCGUCCGCGGGUUGGGGAAGGAAGUGAUAAGAUUCGACUCCGACACAUUCGUGUGGAAUCACGUAAUCUGAAGCGAAAAUUGGUGUUAUUUUCUAUCGGGCAGCCAAUGGCCUCCUACGAGUAGCGGAUCAUUAUUUUCCUGCUCAGCUCGACUGCACUUCCGUCGUCAGCGCAGCGAACGCAUCAACAACUGAGGCAAAACAGUGAACCGAGUUUGAAAAAGGACAAAGUCCCGAAAUCUCACAGUGCAAAAAAGUGAAACCCCAAAUUGGGGCCAGCAAAGUUGUUGUUGUUGUUGUUGGCGAGAGUAGUGAGAGAAGUGCUACCAGCAUAGUGGUGAAACUACGCCUGCAAGCAGCUGAGGAGCAGAGGAGUAGCAGCUGAGCAAAACAGUUGUACAUUGUGCAAUUUUUCCACCAGCAACCAGCAGCAGCACUUCGGGCUCUCGCGCACAGCACAGCACACACAAAGCAGCUAAGCAGCAGAUAUCAAAGAUGUCCUCACGGUACGAUUUGAAUGCACCGGUACCCGGCAUGGCACCGGUUACGUUACCCAGAGACCAAAGGCGCCCAGUUCCGGAUGAGGAUCUGCUGACCGCCGUCGAUGCCGAUUACACAAUCCGCAAGCGCCGAGUUUGGUCCCCGGAGGAGGAUGACUCCCUGGCCUCGGAGGAUAUGGAUCUGCUGGACGAUGACGACGAGCUGGAAGAGGAGGAAGAUGACGGAGUCGGUUGUCCCCUCCCGUCCACCCCGGAAGACACCCAACUGCUGGAAGCGGAAAUGACUGAAGUGCUCAAGGCCGGUGUUCUGUCGGAUGAGAUCGAUCUGGGAGCAUUGGCCCACAACGCUGCGGAACAGGCGGAGGAAUUCGUCCGCAAAGUGUGGGAAGCCUCGUGGAAGGUGUGCCAUUUUAAGCAUCUACCCGCGUGGCUGCAGGAUAACGAUUUCCUACACAAAGGCCACAGGCCACCGCUGCCCUCGUUUAGUGCUUGUUUCAAAUCAAUAUUCCGGAUCCACACCGAAACCGGUAACAUCUGGACGCACCUGCUGGGCUGCGUGAUGUUCAUCGGCGUAGCGACCUACUUCCUGACGCGGCCCUCGUUCGAAAUCCAACUGCAGGAAAAGCUGAUCUUUCUGUCGUUCUUCAUCGGUGCGAUUGUGUGCCUGGGCUGUUCGUUCGUUUUCCACACGUUGUGCUGCCACUCGGAAAUGGUGGGAAAACUCUUCUCGAAACUCGACUACUGUGGCAUUGCCCUGCUCAUCAUGGGUUCGUUCGUUCCAUGGCUGUACUAUGGCUUCUACUGUCACUACAAGCACAAGCUGAUCUAUCUAACGGUGGUGAUCGUGCUGGGUGUGACCUCCAUCAUCACCUCCCUGUGGGAUAAGUUCUCCCAACCAAAUCUGAGACCAUUGCGCGCGGGUGUCUUCAUGAGCUUCGGACUGUCCGGAAUCAUUCCGGCCAUUCACUACGUCCUGAUGGAGGGUUGGUUCAGCAAAAUCUCCCAGGCCAGCCUUGGGUGGUUGAUUCUGAUGGGCCUGCUGUACAUUCUGGGAGCGCUGUUCUACGCCCUGCGAGUGCCGGAACGAUGGUUCCCCGGAAAGUGCGAUAUCUGGUUCCAAUCGCAUCAGAUUUUCCACGUGCUGGUUCUGGUGGCAGCUUUCGUGCACUAUCACGGCAUCAGCGAGAUGGCCAUGUACCGGGUAACGGUCGGCGAGUGUGACAUCCCCCACCAGCAUCCGGCGAUCAGUUUUUGAGGCUCUUCCUUCGUCGUCUAAAAAAAACCCAAGAAAUCCUAGCUGAAUAAUGCAAAAGCCUGAUUGUGUAGUACUAUAUACCAAACCGAUUUCGGUACGACCCCCUACCCCUCCCAGUAGGCAUUGCUGUGUCUAACACGGUUCUUUUUUUUGUGAACUCUAAUACAAACGACAUGAUAUCCUACUUAUUUUUGCUUACUCUUACCACUCGUUUUAUUGUUGAUGUCCAAAAAUAUCCAAGUUUUUUUUUUGUUAUUUUUCAAUCGUUGCAAACAAAAUAAUAUAUUUCACUAGAAUUAUGUAGUUGAUAAUGAUUAAUGCCACCUUUCAUCUCCUUCAGUACUAAUUUUCCAUAAUUCAUUUCCCCUGCAUCAAUAUGGAAGUAGGAGUAAGUUUCUUUGGAAAGCUAUAUUAAAUUCCUUAAGAAUUCCUACUUUCUCGGCGCGAUAAGGCUUCUAGUAGUAUUUUUCUUAUUAAACAAAAAAAACGAGAAUGCAACAAUUUUCAUCAUGAAACAAGUCGGUGUGAGAUACACACAAAGGAGAAGAGAUGGAAGCGAAAAGAUAGAACCACUUAAUAAAUUACAAUUGUUUGUGCAAGCAGAAAACACACACACACGUACAUAUAAUUAUAUUGAUAAAUAGGAAAGAGGUAAGUUAAUAAUUACAGAAAGAAAACAACAAAUUAAAAAAAAAAUGAUAACACAAAACAAAGACAACUUAUAAAAUCACACAGAAGAAGAAAAAAAAAACCCUAUUCGUGAAAACAAGAAGCAAAAAUAUAAAAACAAAAGAACAAUGCAAAAUUCUUGUUAAGUAUAAUUUAUUCAUAAUGCAACACACACAUACUGCUAGUUCGUCGUAGCAGGAAAGAUACAAUAAAGUAAAGGUGUAUGUGCUAUGGAACAACGUACAACGGA